AUGGCCAAUGUAAGUAAAGAUCCUGAUUAUAAUGCAGUUAGGAAGGAUAGGGCAAAUAGGCAAACAAUCAGAGCUCAGGAACUUGUGCGUCGAGCCAGGGUUGAAAUGCCAGAGGGUGGAGCAGGGAUCCCGGAACUUGAAAAAUUUCAAGGGUUUUUAAGGGACUACAAAAUUGUUGUGUACAACUAUGACAGCAAAGGUCGUGAUUGUAUUGAGGCUAAAUUUUGUAUGGCCUGUAAAAAUCGAACAAGAGUCUUUAAAUCUGAACCAGUCACUCAGUUCAUGGACUAUGUGAUGCAAGUCCGUAAAAAGUUCAAAGAUGUCUGUGUCAUUGCACACAAUGGGCAGGGCUUUGAUUUUCAAUUUUUGCUCAAGCAUGUGCUGGAGGAUACAAAGUUCACUCCGAAACUUGUAAUGCGGGGAACUAAGGUCAUUUUGAUGGAGAUUGACAAUGUGAGGUUUGUUGAUUCACUUAGUUAUUUCCCUAUGCCUCUAGCUGCCCUGCCCAAGGCCUUUGACCUGCCCCCGGAAAAGAAGAAAGGCUAUUUCCCCCACCUCUUUAACACUCUUGAGAAUCAAAAUUAUGUGGGCCCUAUGCCGGCAAAGGAGUUUUACUGUCCAGAAUCUAUGUUUGAAAAAUCACACAAAGAUUUUGAAAACUGGUAUAAUGAUCAGGUUGCAAACCGCGUUACAUUUGACUUUAAGAAAGAAAUCCUCGAGUAUUGUAUCUCGGAUGUUGAUAUCUUGGCUCAAGCCUGUUUAAAGUUCCGUUCAAUUUUCCUGGAAGAGUGUAAUGUGGACCCGUUUCUCGAGGCUGUAACCAUUGCCAGCGCAUGCAAUUUAGCUUUUCGCAGGAACUUUUUAAAGAAAAAUACUAUCGGCAUCGUUCCUAAAAACGGCUAUAGGCUUAUAGACGCCCAAUCGGCAAUUGCGUUACAGUGGCUAUCGUGGGAAGAGGGCAAACGUGGAGUUAGAAUUGAACACGCUGGCCGUGGGAAAGAAGUUAAGAUCAAUGGAAUGAAAGUUGAUGGGUAUGAUGGUCAAAAUAUUUAUGAAUUUCAAGGCUGCUACUUCCAUGGCUGCCCUAAAUGCUUUCUCUACGACCGUGAACUUGCUUUGAAAGAGGACCCCUCUGACUCACUCUAUUUGCGGUAUGAACGGACCAAAUCGAAAAUAGCAAAGUUGGGCGAUAACGUUGUACAAAUGUGGGAAUGUGAAUUUAGAAAGUUAAAAAAGACGGAAAACCUUAAACACCUAGAAAAGCUGCCGAUCCUCAACAAUUUACCUCUGAACCCGAGGCAAGCAUUUUUUGGGGGGAGAACCGGGAACGCUAAAACCUAUCACAAAUGCGCCGAAGGGGAAACCAUUGAAUACGUGGAUGUAUGCUCUCUCUAUCCCUGGGUAUGUAAAUAUGGCAAGUACCCUGUAGGCCAUCCAACGAUCUAUGUAGGUGAUAGAGAGUGUAGACAGAGAGGUCUUCAUGUCGAAGGCUUAUUAAAGUGUAAAGUACUCCCACCACGCGAUCUUUACCAUCCUGUGCUCCCGGCCAAAAUGAAUGACAAGUUAAUGUUUGUUUUGUGUGCGACUUGUGGAGAUGGUCAGAUUCAAAGUGAUUGCGACCAUGAAAGUGGUGACAGAGCACUAAUUGGGACCUGGACCAUGGACGAAGUUCGUAAAGCCGUAGAAAAGGGUUAUGUUGUACUCAACAUGUAUGAACUUUGGGAGUAUAAGGUAGCCACAUAUGAAAAUGGGGGAUUGUUCACUGACUUUAUAAAUAAAUUUUUAAAAAUGAAACAGGAAGCAUCCGGGUUCCCAGGCUGGUGUGAAACCGAUGAGGACAAAAAUAAGUACAUUGACGAUUAUUUUAAAAAAGAGGGUGUCCAGCUGGAAAAAGAUAAAAUUGUAAAGAAUGGUGGCUUGAGGUCAUUGGCUAAACUGAUGUUGAACUCGUUUUGGGGAAAAUUUGGUCAGCGUGAAAAUCAGACCAAAGCUACAAUUGUCAGGGACCCAAAAACACUUUUCAAAAUGUUAACUAGCCCCGAAAUAGAUGUAAAUAGAGUACAGAUUGUCAAUGAUGAGGUUCUUGUUGUCAGCUGGGAGUACAUUGAUGAGGUUGGUGAGCCAUUGCAAAAUGUUAAUGUUGUGGUGGCAGCUUACACUACUGCCCAAGCGAGAUUGAAGCUCUAUGAGCAUCUAGAUGCUUUGGGUGGUCAAGUGUUGUAUUAUGAUACUGAUUCUGUAUUUUUGAAAGAGAUGGUCCUUGGUGAUGCUGCACAAACAAUGGACAUUGAGGAAAAUAGAAUCAGACGAACAAAGGAUAGGAAUAUAGUUACAAUCAGUGAGGUCAAACAGUUUAAAAUUACGGGACCAAAAAGGAAACAUAGUAGCAAUUAUGAUACACUUCCAUAUGGGUUUAAAAUUCAAAAAACUCACCAAAAUCUCAACUCCUGA